AUGUCUCAUCACUCCAUCAUGGCCUCCUCUGGACACAAGCAUUUAGGCUCCUGUUCUGUUGCCUUACCCAAACAUUCUUCACACAGUAUCUUAUCACACUCUUCUAAGCAUGCUGGGCAUGGCCACAAGAUACAACAUUCCUUCACCAGUGCAAGUGCCCAUAAUAUUGGAUCAAAAGGACAUAAGAUGUCAGUUGGCAGUUAUUGUUCAGGAAAAAGUGGACAUGGACAUAGAUCUGGAUUUGGUAUUGUUGGGCUUGGUCGUGGAUUUGGAGAACAAUGUGGAGGAAUCACCCCUGUUACUGUGAACCAAGGCCUACUAGCUCCUCUUAAUUUGGAGAUUGAUCCAAGUAUUCAAAGAGUAAGAACCGAAGAGAAGGACCAAAUUAAAGGACUCAACAAUAAGUUUGCUUCCUUCAUUGACAAGGUGAGAUUCCUUGAACAGCAGAACAAGAUGCUGGAGACCAAAUGGAGUAUUCUGCAGGAGCAGAGGACAGCCAGGUGCCAGAUUGAACCUCUGUUUGAGGCUUUUAUCAGUAACCUCAGGAGGCAGCUUGAGAGCCUGGAAUGUGAGGGGGCUCGUAUGGCGGCUGAGAGGAACAGUAUGGAAGGAACAGUAGAAGAACUGAAGAGAAGGUAUGAAGAUGAGGUGAACAGAAGAACAGCAGCAGAGAAUGAAUUUGUAUCUCUGAAGAGGGAUGUUGAUGCUGCUUUCAUGAACAAAGCUGAGCUGCAGGCAAAGGCUGAUUCCCUGACUGAUGAGAUCAACUUCCUGAGAACACUUUAUGAUGCGGAGAUUUCUCAGCUCCAGGCUCAGAUCUCAGACACUUCAGUAGUAGUUUCCAUGGACAACAGCCGAGAUCUGGACAUGGGCAGUAUCAUUGCUGAGGUCAGAGCUCAGUACGAGGAGAUUGCUAACAGAAGCAGAGCUGAAGCUGAGGCCAUGUACCAGUCAAGGUUUGAAGAUCUGAGAAUGGCAGCUGGAAGGAACGGCAAUGACCUACAGAACAGUAGAAACGAGAUUGCUGAACUUAAUCGAACAAUUCAGAGACUUAGAGGAGAAAUCGAGUGUGCCAAAUCUCAGCGUGCUGCACUAGAAUCUGCCAUCAGUGAAGCUGAGGAACGUGGUGAAGCUGCUGUCAGGGAUGCAAAAAAUAAGCUGGCUGAGCUGGAGGCUGCUCUACAGAAGGCCAAGCAGGACAUGGCUCGCCAAAUGAGAGAAUACCAGGAACUGAUGAAUGUCAAACUGGCUCUGGAUAUUGAGAUCGCCACUUAUAAAAAGAUGCUGGAGGGAGAGGAGUACAGAUUGGCUUCUGAUGGUCAUGUUAAUCUGUUCUACACUCCAGCACUGGAGGAAAACACCAUUCGGGGGGACAACAUGGAGGACACCAUGGAGGAAACCAUGGAGGACACCAACAUCACAAUCAUAAGGGAGGAUUCACCUCGGUCAGCCAUGUCUCCAAAAUGA